GCCAUUUUAUCAUUCUGUCAUCAAAUAGCUUUAUCUCCCGCUUUGUAGCUUUGAAACUUUGUUUUAUUAUCGCUAAAUAAAUUCAAUUGUUUAUCUGCUUUCUCAAAUAAAAAUUUUGUUCAAUCAAUUACAUUACCUACAGUAUUUAUUUGUACUCACAAAGGCCAUUUUAUCAUUGCUUCCUGAGUUUUCAUUCUGCUAUUUUCUAUUAUCAGUUUUAAUAGUUUUUCUAGGGUACCUAUAGGCAUAAUUUUUAACAGUGAAGGGUAUAUAAUUUACAGUUUUCCAGGGCAAUAUUUUUGAACAUGCAUGAAACAGUUCUGGGCUACCAUAUGCCUAUUGUUUUCAAGUUUGUAUUGUUUUUGCUUUUUGAUUAAUGAAUAAAUAAAUUAUUACCGGUAUUAUAUUUGUUAUAUUUUUUGGUCAGCCCAGUAUAAUGAGGUGAAAAUUAUAUGACACAACCCUUCCUACCAUAAAUAUAUAUUACCACUUCGUGUAAAAUCUACGGCAAUACUAUAUUUUUUAAAACAGUAGAAUAUGAAUUACAGCAUUUUAGAACGAUAGCUUCUAUUAAAUAAUCAAUUUUAUUUCACAUUGGUUUUGAAAAACUUCACAGUUUUAAUAAAACUACAUUUCAAAAGCUUCAAUGAUUAAUAAUUUUUAAUAAUACAGGUUAUUAUUCAAUCUUAUGAAAUUGUAGACUUGUGAAAAGUUCAAAAGAGUUGACUAAUUUUAAAGGUUUUAAAUCAAAUAAAAAUAAUCAGCAUGGAUGAACCAUAACUUUUUAUUGUGAUAGUCAGCUCCAAGUCAAAUCAAUUGCCCUUCUAAUAUUAAAUGGCGUGUAGCAGAAAUAUUUAUUAAUCAAUAAUAAACCAUGAAUUUAUUGAUGAAUUGAUACUUCAUUGUCUCAGCAGCCAGCAGUUUGGUUUCUGUCGCAGAACUAAGCAAUCUUCAUUAUGCAAAUUGAUUGGACGAACCGAUAAUGUUUUCUCCUCUCUCACUUGGGUCUCUUCUUUUCACUGCACUUAUUGUGUACCAAUACUCCCUGGCUUCAUGUAACGCUACAUUUGCGCUAUCACUAGGAAUAGGAAAGCAACCAACGAAGCAGCGCUUAAAAAAGGCGCUGGACCCAACAAAGCACCGCCAUUGGGCUUUGGUUAACAACAAUGGUUUCUGUGGUAUCAGUCACAGCCAGAGAAUCAUUGGAGGAGUCGACGCUGGGAUAGGAAAAUAUCCGUGGAUUGUUCGCUUGGCCUUCCAAAUACCAACAAAUCAGGGUGAUAGAACCAUUCUCAAAUGUGCUGGUUCAAUAAUCACGAAGAAAUACGUAGUAACAGCAAAUCACUGCUUCACCCCAUACGAUAAAUUGUCUUUUGUUAGAGCUGGUGAAUAUGAUGAAAGGACCGAUCCUGACUGUGAGCAAUCCAACCCUGAUGACUGUGCUCCUGAAUUCAUAGAUUACAGAGUACAGAAAGUCAUCAAUCAUAAAGACUACAAGGAAGGUGUCUCAUUUGUAAAUGAUAUAACAUUGGUCAAAAUAAAGGGCCAAUUCGAGUUCAAUGAAUACAUAAUGCCAAUCUGUCUGGAGUAUGGUAGUUUACUGGGGAAAAAUUAUAUUGGCAGUAAUGUUGAAGUUGCUGGUUGGGGAAUUUUUGAUAUAGUGAAAGAAGAGGUACACCCAGUGUUGCAGCGAGUAACCAUUCCCGUUAUAAACUCGGAAGUGUGUCGUGAUCGAAUGAAGAAAGCGACGUAUGUGGAGCCUUCCAAGCAGAUCUGUGCGGGCGGAGUGAUCGGCAAGGACUCCUGUGGGGGCGACUCGGGGGGACCCCUCAUGUCUGCGCAGGUGACAGACGGCAGACCGCCGCGGUACUUCCUCAUCGGUGUCGUGUCCUUUGGGCUCAAGGAAUGCGGCAAGACAGACAUGCCCGCCGUCUAUACUCGGGUGUAUGCAUACCUGUCUUGGAUAUUGGACAAUAUUGACAAAUAAUGAUAAUUGUGUAGGCCUACCGUACAUAAUUCACAUAUAAUAUGAAUUUUUAUUAAUUUAUUUUAUUAUAAUGUAUUGGAUACCCAUAUACCUACCGUUUAUACUCGGCUGUAUGCAUGUCAGUCUUGUACUUUGAGCAAA